ACCAGCUGCCGGCUGUUUUCUUUCACUUUUUUUUUUUGUUUUUACUUUUCCAGAUCCACUCCCGCCAAAAUCAGCAACCCAUUUUCUUCAUCUUUCAAGAUUUAUUGCCGGUUGCUCUCUCUUCACUUUGCUUGCCCAGAUCUGCUCGCACCACAUUUGGCAGCCCCACCGAAAAUUCUUCUUGCCCCACAGAUCUGCUUUGCUCAUGUCCGGCGAUUCCACCGAACAACCUUACCCUGCAAAAUUUGCUUCCAUGGCCGGCGACCAAGAAGGAAAACCCAUUCCCACCGAAUCUGCUCCUUCCAUGGCUGGCAUUAAGUCCUUUCAUCCCAAAGAGCUGCCAUCUGCUAGAUCUGCUUCAAUGGCCGAUUCCAAGGCCACUCAUUUCUUGAAAUCGCCUCCUACAGAUUUGGUUAAGCUCUUCCAAACCCAAAAUCUCCAAGAUGACAUAAACCGGAUACUCCAACGCCAUAAGCCAUGCCAUUCAAAUAAGAUUUUUGUUCCUCAUAAGAAAUCCUAGAUUUUGGGUCCUUACUUUGUGUCUCACCCGCCAGCUCCUCUUGCCUCUAUUUACCCACGGCCAAAAAAACAUCCUCUCCCUUUUCAGGUGAAACCCGAUUGGAGUAAAUGGGGUGGAUCUUUCGGAGCUUGGCCAGCUUGGAGGAAAUCAGAAUGGGUUGACUGGAUAAAUCGCCUUGAACCUGCUUUUGGCCAGAUUUGGAAAGAUGUGGGUUUGUUUGAAUUCAUACAAUUAUCCAAAUGCAAAUUCACCAUGGACAAGCCGAUCUUGAGUUCGGCUUUGUUGUUUUGGUCUGGCUCUUUUAAUUGCUUUCAUUUCCCCUGUGGAGCCAUGUCUGCGAGCCUCUUUGAUAUUAGUUCAUUAACUGGAUUGCCUUGCAGAGCAGAAGAGAUUUCAGCAUUAUUAACUUUGCCACUAGGUGUUGAAUACAACGCAGAUUUGAAGCCCUCUUAUUUAGUUUUUAUAAGAUCUGCCUAUGAUAAAAGUAAGCCUGUCAAUGCACAAGAGCACAUUUCAUUUCUACUUACUUUAAUCUGCAAAUAUAUGGUGUGUUCUGCUGGUAAGGGCCCUACUAAAGAAUUUAUCCCAUUAGCUGCUGCUUUAACACAUGGUAGGCGAUUAGCUCUGGGUUCUUUUUUGCUUGCUUAUUUAUAUAGGAGUUGCCAAGAUGUCACAGCUCAUCCCUUAGGCAUUAGUGGUGGGCCACUUUGGAUUCUACAGUUGUGGCUUUACUCUUAUUUUCCAGCACUUGCUCCUGUUUCAUCUACUAUACCAGCUCGAAAUCUGCUCACUUAUGGCUUUAUGUUCAAAAAUGUCGCAGAGAACAAGAGAAGUUUUGAGGAGUGCUUCAGAUUUUUUGCUUCUCUUUCUAUUGACAGAUCUGAUGCAGAUUUCGUUGUGUUUCUAAGCAGAUCUCAUGGCCCUUCAUGGUACAAGGCCAAUGUCAAAUCUUCAGACUUCAAGGCAUUUUUGUUUGUUUGUGUGACCUCCCGGGAUUUGUUUGUUGGCUGUAGUUUGAAUACUCUCAAUUCCAGAUGUGGCAUGGAGCUUUAUGCACCGAACCAAUUCUGUCGGCAGCUUGGGUACUGCCAAGACAUACCAUUCCCGCCACUAUUCUCCUUCAACCACAGCUAUCCUCUUUAAUUUAUGAUUGGGGAAUCAAACAUUUUGAUCGCCAAGCUUGCUGAAAUCACAAAAACUUUGCAGACAAUGAUCUUGCCAGAUCCUCCAUUUCGACCGAGUUGUACUCCCUCCUAUAGAAAUUGGUGGCAAGACUACUUCCAUCCUCGGUUCCUCAGUGUUCUGGACAAUAUUUCUGCUUUGGCUCCUCGACCACUCACCAAAAAAUUUGAAGAAAAGGAUGUUGCAGAUGAAGGUGAUGACCUGGAAUCUGCCAUGGUUGUCCAGAUCAGCAAGCUAGAUCUGCUAAGGAGAGCUCCUAGAACUCAAGUCAAGAGGAAAAUUACCACUCUUACAGAUUCCAUGGAGGAAAAUACUCCCUCCAAGCAGCGAAGAACCAGAAGUAAGUCCGCUUUGGCUUGCAACUUUGUGACAUGUUAUCUGCUAACAUUUUUUUUUUAUAGGUAUCAAGAGGCCAACAGUGAAACCAUCUGCAGCCAAGAAACUCAUCAAGUCUGCCUCUCCCUCAGUGUCCACUUCUGCCAUGGAAACCGAGACUCAACCUAAUAAAACAAAAGAUGUUUCCCUUGAACUUGCUGCCAUAGCAGAUCCUGUUGAAGUAUAUCUGUUGAAAGUGGUGAAAGCAAUUCUGGCUCCUCUCGUACAAAAUCUAGCGAUGGUUCUUCACCAGCCACAAAGGUUAGAGGUUCUAGAUUCUCUUCACGCAUAGCGAACAAAAGCUUUAAAACAGUUAGACCAAAUGAACUCAUCGAUCUAAACCCAAACAAAGAGAAUACCCCUACACCUGUAGCCUCUCCUGUUAGGCAGGUUGAUGUUGAUGACAUUGAGGUUGUUUCAUUGUUUUGAAAUCUACUUAGAUCUUGAAAUCUGUUACUGUAUCUGCUAGUUGCUAUUUUUUGUUCUUUUGUCUUUAAAUUUUGUAGAGUGUUGCUGCUAAUGUGUCCAUGAUUGAUGGUGAUUUGGAGAAUGAACUUCUUGCCCAGCU